AGUCCAGGAGUUCUGUUGGAUAGACAGCCAAUUGGCAGCAACCCUCUCGCUCUCUCUUUUUUCUCUCUCCCUCUACMUUCCCUCUCUCAAGAGAACGAGCUGGGAUAUAAAGCUCUCACUGGAAAUUUUAUCUCAGUUUUUUUAGUGGUUCUGAGCACCUGCCUGUGUCAAAAUGAGUGACGCUCUGCUGGAUGAUGGGUCCUUCAUGUUCACUUCGGAGUCUGUUGGAGAGGGACAUCCAGACAAGAUCUGUGACCAGAUCAGUGAUGCUGUCCUGGAUGCUCACCUGAAGCAGGACCCAAAUGCCAAGGUCGCCUGUGAGACGGUUUGUAAGACUGGCAUGGUGCUGCUGUGUGGAGAGAUCACGUCCCGGGCCAAYGUAGACUACCAGAAGGUUGUCAGAGACACCAUACAACACAUCGGUUACGACAACUCAGACAAAGGUUUUGACUAUAAGACGUGUAAUGUGUUGGUGGCUCUGGAGCAGCAGAGUCCAGACAUCGCUCAGGGUGUCCACAUCGACAGGAAGGAGGAAGACAUGGGAGCUGGAGACCAGGGUCUGAUGUUUGGCUGUACUGACGAGACAGAGGAGUGCAUGCCUCUCACCAUCGUCCUGGCUCACAAACUCAAUUCCAAGAUGGCCGAACUCAGACGCAACGGAACCAUCCCCUGGCUCCGCCCCGACUCUAAAACACAAGUGACAGUACACUACGAGCAGGAGCACGGGGCAGUGAUCCCUAUAAGGGUCCACACCGUGGUCAUCUCUGUUCAACACGAUGACUUCAUUGGCCUGGAGGAACAGAAGGAGGUGCUCAAGGAGAAGGUGAUCAAGGUAGUGGUUCCAGCUAAGUACCUGGAUGAUAAGACCAUCUACCAUCUUCAGCCCAGUGGACGCUUCGUCAUCGGAGGACCCCAGGGUGAUGCUGGAGUGACGGGUAGGAAGAUCAUCGUUGAUACAUACGGAGGCUGGGGGGCCCAUGGUGGGGGAGCUUUCUCUGGUAAAGACUUCUCCAAGGUGGAUCGCUCGGCUGCCUAUGCUGCCCGCUGGGUGGCCAAGUCCCUGGUCAAGGCCAAACUGUGCAGGAGGGUGCUGGUUCAGGUAUCCUACGCUAUCGGAGUGGCCCACCCUCUGUCCAUCUCCGUGUUCACCUACGGCUCGUCACAAAAGUCAGAGAGAGAGCUGCUGCAGAUCGUAAACAAGAACUUUGACCUACGACCUGGUGUCAUUGUCCGGGAACUGAACCUGAAGAGGCCAAUCUACCAGAAGACAGCGUGCUACGGCCACUUUGGCCGGAGUGAGUUUACCUGGGAAGUCCCCAAGGAGCUCAACUACUAAACAUCUCCCCCCCGUGGUCAAGUAUAUAACAAGCUCUUAAACACCCCCGUGGUCAAGUAUAUAACAAGCUCUUAAACACCCCCGUGGUCAAG